AUGGACGUCGAGUUCCAGCGACAGCCUAUUCCUGAACCCACAGACGGCGAGCUCUUUCUACUCAAAGUACCACAUUUCCUCGCCAUUGAACCCCAAGAAUGGCAAACGACCACCUUUCAGCCACCUACUACCGAACAUCAUUCAAAAAAGCGACCCUCGGAAACAUUCUCUGCAUACGACACAGCCAUGACUACAGUCAGAUGGCGCCACUCUCCGACGAAUGCUGCAGAGCUGCAGUCGAACGCGCGCAUCAACCGAUGGGAAGACGGCUCUCUGACCUUGCAGAUGGCGUCUGACCCGAAAAUACACUACGAGUUUGAUUGCAAUCUAAUAUCACAACCGCAACCCAACCCGAAAAUACCCACGCCAACAGCAGCACUUGCCGGAUCAUUUAGGAAAGACCAAUUCACAUACCUCGUCGCCCCGGUCGAAUCAGCAGAAUCGUUACGGGUUACACACAAAAUCACUGCAGGACUACUCUUGAAAAAUCCGCAGUUCGAGCACGAUCAAGCAAUUCAAAUGCUCAAGUUGGAGACGAUGCAACUGGCAAGCACGGCAAAGGUGGUCGGCGUAUCGGGCGACAUGAUCGCAACGGAAGAGGACCCAGAACUGGGCAGGAAACGAGCAGAGAUUGCAGAGCGCAGCGCCAUAAGGGACAGAAAGAAGCGUGAGAAUGCACAAGAACGGGAGAGGCUCCGGACGGAUCGCACCAUGGGCCGCAGCGGUCUCUCAUCGACUCGCUAUGGCGGACUCAACGUUGGAAUGCUGGAGGAUGACGAAAUGGAGACUUCAGGCGGUCGUGCGGCCCCGAGCAAAGCGCGCGCGAAGCCGCGACGGAGACGAAACAGUGAAUAUAGCGAAGACGAGGACUUUGGCAGAAAGCGCUUUACGAAGGAGGACAGCUACGAUCAGGAAGACGAUUUCCUGGCCCCUAGUGACGAGGAAGAGAUCGUCGACGACGAUGACGAUCCUGAUGAUGGAAUCAUCGAUGAGCCGCGACAGCGGUCGCCAAAACGAGAUCGACCACGUCCUUCAGCGGACGAUGGCGCAGGUGAAGUAGACGCAGAUGCGGAAGGAGAGGAAGAGGCAGACGAGGAAGGCUUUCAAGCUGCCCGAGGCAAGCGGAGACGAGUCGUAGAUGAGGACGACGACGAGUAG